AGCCUGGCAACUGAGCAGACCCUGAUGACGCUUCCAGUGAACGCUCAGAGCCGGAUGUGGGGCUGCUGAGCUGAGGGUGUUGCGUUUUACAGAGCGUGGUGGGCACAGGUGGGUUCCUGAUACAGCAGGGACCAGCGAGGAACUGCGUGGGUCAAGGUCCCAGCUGCCCAUCAUGCCUGCAGGUGGCAGAACAGCUCCAGCACACCCAUCCCUCGCCACAGCCCCCGGUGCGGCGGCGUAGCGUGGGGACAGAUGGACGGGCCGUGGUGGGAUGAGCCCUGCCCUGCACCUGCUGCUGUCUCUGGCCAGCUGCUCCCUCCUCUGGGGGAUGCUACUGCGGCCACGGCGCGUGAGGCUGGAGGCACAGAACUUCCACGUGUGGCUGCGGUGGGAGCCGGACCCCAGCUCGCCCAGCCAUGUCACCUAUCAGGUGGAGUGGAGGAAGCGGACCUCGAGCUGGAUCAAGGCAGAUGCCUGCAGGGGGAACAGCACUGGCUCCUGGAAGUGUGAGUUGUAUUUUGACAGGAUCCACGAUAUCUACUGGGCACGGGUGAGAGCGGUGACCGGAGGCGAGCAGUCUGAGUGGGCCAGUUCCAGCGAGCUGCAGCUGUACAGAGACACAAUUGUGGGGCCCCCCAAGUUGUCCUGGCUGCUCCAGGAUCAAAUCCUCCACGUAAACAUUGCCAUGCCACUCACUCCCUACCAGAGAAGAACUGGUUCCUACAAGCCAGUGGACCGAGUGCUGCUGAAACUGUGGUACUGGCUGCACCUGUACGAGGGGGACCUGCUUGUCCAGCAGGUGCCCUGCAAACGGAGCAGCGAGGAAGUGCCUUGCACCUUUGGGCCCCUGAAGCCCAGCACACGGUACUGUGUCCGGACGGCAGCCGCUGGCAUGGCCAGGGAGAGGAGCCGGGAGGCCGAGCAGUGCCUGGUGACUCCGGCAGGCCCCCCAGGCUUUCCCUGGGUCCCUGCUGUGGUGAGUGCCUUCUUUGUGCUGCUGCUGCUGAGUGCGGCCGGGUUCUGCUUCUUCCAGCUGCACAUAUUCCUUAAACCCUCGGAGAUGCACCUCCCAAAAACACUGGCACUCCUGAACAACGAGCUGAGUGUGGCCAUCCGGAUGCCUCCCCUCGAGCUUGAGGAGGAGCCGCUGGCCCUGCUCCUGCAGACUGUGCUCUCCUCCUGUGGGCCACCUGCAGCUGGACAGGCAUCACCCACGGUCCCACUGUUCCUCCGAGGCCUCACACAGGACAUGACCGGCUACUGUGCCAACGGGUUUGGCCUGGGCUGCCCCACGGAAGGCGCCCCAUCCUGCACCCAGAGCCUGCUGGGACAUGCCUUGGGCUCCCAGGUCCCAUCACAGCUGGAAAAAGAUGAGGAGACAAGUGAUGGGGAUAAUGUGCCAGAGCAGCUGGUGCCAGUGGGACUGACCAGAAACAGCUACAUAGGUGACAGGGACAGCUGUACACCCAAGACAUGGCUCACCCCGCACCUCCAGCUAUAUUCUAAAUGCCAGUGCCCAGCCCUAGGAGCAGGCAGCCGCCUUCCUCUGCCCAUGCCCGGCAGGAGCUGCAGUCAGGAGGACCUGCGGGAGGGCCUCGGCAUGGCCAGGCACUGGGUCCCACUCAGCUCCGUGAAGCUGCCGGCCGGUGAGGAGGAGGAGGGAGGGCAGCUCCUCUGCGCUCUCCGGCCCCUGCCUGGCGUCGGGACUGAGCCAGGCGACAGCACCAUGCAGCGAGGCCACUCAGAGCAGGCAGCACCGGGCAUCCCCAGCCCCUGCCAGCCACCGCCUUCGCCCGGCAACGUCCCGCGGGCAGCUGCCUUCUCCGGCUACGAGCCACGUGCUCCACCUGGGCCACCGUGAGUGGGGGCACCCUGGGGAUCUCCAGGAGCCCCCAGCUCCCAGCACAGCCCAAGGUGCCCCCGAGCCAUGGUGGCUGCCUGCCCCAACCUGCUGGUGCCAGGCUGGGGACAGGGCAGGGGCAGGUUCCCGUGGGCAGGCACAGGAGUGCUCCAGGCUCAGCUGCCAUGGAUGGGCAGGAUCCGCAUCUCCAGAGCUUCCCUUCCAGAGUUUUGGUGCUAUGGAGCCAAAGCAUAAGGAGAAGAGACCAAAGUUCAACUCCCAAAACUCUUAUCUAUUUAUCUACUGGUAUGUGUGUAUAUGUGGUACAGUAUCUAUACUAAUGCAAAUUUAUGUAACACUCAUAUAUAAACCCUCUUUAAUGAAAGAGGAGAUUGGGUUUUUUUACUUCUCUGGAAAUAGUGACUGUGGGCUGGAGUUGUUUUUAAAUAUCACUCAUUUAUUACAGAAA